CACUGAGACGAACUACAGCAAGCAGAGACUGAAAAAACCCCCAAACAAACCCAAAAAACGAGGGAAAAGGAAGAAAACAAAAGCUGCUACUUAUGGAAGAUACAAAGGGUUCAGGAGUGAAGGAAUUUUGCUCCAAAAAUAUCUUGGUCAUCCUUGGCUUCUCCUGUGUCAUAGCUGUGAUAGCUUUGAUUGCUGUGGGCGUGACCCAAAACAAACCAUCGCCAGAAAAUGUUAAGUAUGGGAUUGUGCUGGAUGCAGGCUCUUCUCACACAAGUUUAUAUAUUUACAAGUGGCCAGCAGAAAAGGAGAAUGACACAGGGGUGGUGCAACAGAUAGAAGAAUGCAAAGUAAAAGGUCCUGGAAUCUCAAAAUAUGUUCAGAAAAUAAACGACUUGAACAUUUACUUGUCUGAAUGCAUGGAAAGAGCCUUGAAAGUAGUUCCAAGUUCCCAGCACCAAGAAACACCUGUUUACCUGGGAGCCACAGCAGGCAUGCGAUUGCUCAGGAUGGAAAGUGAGGAGUCAGCAGCCAGGGUCCUGGAUGUGGUGACAAGGAGCCUCAGCAGCUACCCUUUUAACUUCCAGGGUGCCAGGAUCAUCACUGGCCAAGAGGAAGGUGCUUACGGCUGGAUUACUAUCAACUAUCUGCUGGGAAAAUUCAUUAAGGCACAGAAUUGGUUCUACCUAGCAUAUCCUGAAAGCAAUCAUGAGGAAACUUUUGGAGCUUUGGACCUUGGGGGAGCCUCUACACAAAUCACUUUUGUGCCCACACGGCAUUCUGAGUCCGAAGAGGACUCUUUAUACUUUCGCCUCUAUGGCAAGGACUAUGAGGUAUACACACAUAGCUUCUUGUGCUAUGGGAAGGAUCAAGCACUCUGGCAGAAACUGGCCAAGGACAUUCAGACUGCAAAUGGUGGAAUUCUCAGGGACCCAUGUUUUCACCCUGGAUAUGAGAAGACAGUGAAUAUAAGUGACCUUUACAAGACACCCUGUACCAAGAAAUUUAAGAGGACUCUUCCAUUUGAGCAGUUUGAAAUCCAGGGUACUGGAGACUAUCAACAAUGCCAGCAAAGCAUUGUAGAACUCUUCAAUACCAGUUAUUGCCCUUAUUCCUCCUGUGCUUUCAAUGGAAUUUUCUUGCCACCCAUCGAAGGGGAUUUUGGGGCAUUUUCAGCUUUUUACUUUGUGAUGAAUUUUUUUAAUUUGACGUCAAAAGUCUCUCGGGACAAGGUGACUGAGGUGGUGAGAAAUUUCUGCUCUAGGCCUUGGAAUGAGGUAAAGACAUCAUUUGUUGGAAUACAGGAGAAGUACCUGAGUGAAUACUGCUUUUCUGGUACUUACAUCCUCUCCCUCCUCCUGCACGGCUAUCAUUUCACGAACAAUUCCUGGGAUCAUACUCAUUUCAUUGGCAAGAUCGAGGGGAGCGAGGCUGGCUGGACUUUGGGCUACAUGCUGAACCUGACCAACAUGAUCCCAGCUGAGAAGCCAAUAUCCAAACCUCUCCCCUAUGGCACCUAUGUCUUCCUCAUGGUCUUCUUCUCCCUGAUCCUUGUUGCAGUGUUCUCCAUAGGCAUUUUUAUUUUUCAUAAGUCUUCAUUUUCCCAUAAAGAAGGAGUAUAACAAGAGCAGCUGGAAUCUGCUGGUGGAAGGAGAAAAAAAAAAUUACUUGCCCAGGGAGCACUUUCCUCUACAGUAGUGUACAAAGUCAUCCUUCCCGGCUCACCAGGGCCAGUGUUGAC